AGGGGUCGCAGCCAUGCCCCUGAGGAAGCCCCCGGCCAAGCGGCGCAGCACCGACUCGGGCGUGGAGCCCGACCGCGGGGCGCCCUCCCAGGAGAAAAAGGACCAGCGCAUCGCGCUCUUCCUUAGAGACUUCGACCAGCAGGGUAGGGCCGGGGCCCAGGGACAGAGCCGCUGAGGCCGGGGAGAGGCUCGGGGCGGCUCGGCAGAGCUCAGAGCCCCAGGAACGGCCCCCGCAGGCGCCGCCGCUCCGUGAGGGGCCGCCCUGGCGGCGGGUGUGGGGGCCCGGGGCUGCUGAGGGGGGCCGCGGCCCGGUCGCCUUCCCCUAAGUGCCGGCCUGAGGCGUUCGCCGUGUCGUUGUGCUCGUCGGUGCUAAGGAAAGCAUCCGGGAAAUGAAGAAAGAACUUGAUGCGCUCUUGCAAACAGCCGAGAAGGCAUUUACAGUGGAGUUGCUGAAGAUACCACUUGCCAUCAGAAAAAUGAAAAGAAAAGACUUGCUUAAUUUGCAAGGAAGGGAGGAAGUGGCUCUUGCUGCUGCAGUGAGUGACUCUUCUCUAGAAGAUGUACCAAAUCCCAAACUGAUGAGGACCAACAGCAAAAAAGUUAAGGUAACUACAAUUGUUGAAUAUGAAGAUGCCAAGCAUACUUCUGCAAAGAAAAUAUCUAAAAAAGUAUGCAGAACAAAGUCACUGGUUUCAUUGGCCUCUGGUUUAAAUAGCAAACUGAACCCUAUUUCUAGGUCUGUUCACUCUUCUGCAAGUGUGACUGAGGCUGUUAAGACUGUUGCCUCUGAUUGCAGUGCUACAAAUUUAAAAGCCACGCCAAAGGCAUCUAAAAGUAUUGGAUUACAACAGACUGUCUCGAGAACCGCACCUGUCAGCAGAAGAGUUCAAGGCAUGUUACUAAGAAGUAGAUCAGUACCCCAACACAGAACUGUUCCAUUUGUAAACAUUCCCUUGGCUGAUGGACAGACGCUCUGUAUGGCUGGUGGAGAUCUCCGUAACAUUGAUGUCCAACUACUAAAUCAAGAUACAGUACAGCAUAUUCAUAACUUGGUGAGUGAGCUGACUGUACUAUAUGGAAAGGCCACAGCUAAACCAAAUUAAUGGAACUGUCUUCUGACUCACUGAAUGUGUGACAUCUCCUUCUUGCCUCCCCUGAAGUGUUCAGAGAAUGUUUAUGAUGUCUUAAUAAAGCUGUAUACUGCUCAGUAAAUGUUUUAUAUCAAAGCUUAAAAUGUGAUGUUCUUAUCUCUGUAAAGCAUACAAACGUAGAAGAAAAUUCUUCUACUUUCCCAACUUUAUAAAAGCUUAGUUAACAUUUUAGUUCAAUUCAUAAUAAAUAAAAUGAAUAACAGACUGAUGGAGAA